AAACUGUAUUGACACACUUUCUUCUUCCGUAUACUUCCGAAACUCCCUCCGCUCCACUUUUUCAAAUUUCAUUCCCCAUUUUCGAUUCAAUCCAUCCGUGGAGUUUUGCUAACGUCAUCAGAUUUCAAACCCUGAAAAAACUCCAUGGAACUUCAUGACGAAGAUUGGGAGCUCAUCAACGACGACGGCUUCGUUUACAAGCGUCCCAAGCGCCUCCGCGUUGAUCCCACCGUCUCCACCUCCUCCGUCACACCGCCGCCGGAUCCUGCUGUCGAAGAGAGAAAUCGCAAGGAAAGAAAGAAGACAAUACUUUUAAAACUCAAAACAAGGUAUCAGCAGGAGAUUCACCAAUGGGAACAUUUAUCGAACACCUUGAAGGCAUUGCAAGAGCGUACCCAAACACAACCACUAUUCACGGCGUUACCAGAUCCGUAUGUCUCCCAAUCAACAGAUCAUUCGACGAAUUCCACGUAUCAUGAACUCGCUGAAACCCUCCUGAUCCAGGUUGAAGCUCAAGAAGCCUCCAUAAACCAAGUUUCAAGAUUAUGUGAUGUUGCUGAAGCCCUAUGUAGUGCUCAAGAGCAAUUGUUGAAGCAACCAUUUGUGUAUCUACCAAUUUGGCAAUCAUCCCCACGAAAGCUAAUCACAUCAUUAUUAUGUGAAGAAUGAGAUUUCUUCCAUGAAAGUAAGCCAAGUCGGAAUCAUCAAAGAAAUCUUGAUCUCAACCAAGAAUCUGUUGUGCCAUAUUAACAUAGAUGCAUAGGAUUACAGCUGAUGAUAUUGAUACUAACCAUGAAUGUAGGAGAGUUAGUUGAUGUUGACAUGUUGUAUAAGUAAUUAUUGUAGUACAGAUUAUGAAAUGUUGAGGUUUUUGUGAGUAUUGAAAGUUGUGAUUUAUUUUGAAG